AAAUAUAUGCAUGAAAACAACAUCAUCCAUCGUGACCUGAAAGCAGAAAAUAUUUUUUACACCACUUGCUACUGCAUCAAAGUGGGUGACUUCGGUUUCAGUGUUGUCAGUGAGCCGACCGAAACCCUGAACACGUUUUGCGGCUCCCCGCCGUAUGCGGCACCUGAGCUGUUCAGAGACAAAAGCUACAUGGGCCGUUAUGUGGACAUCUGGGCGCUGGGUGUCCUACUCUACUUUAUGGUGACCGCCACCAUGCCUUUCUACGGUGACAACUUAGGCCGACUGAAACGCUGCAUCCUGCAGGGGGCGUACAGCAUCCCGCCCUACGUCCCUGAGUCCUGUCAACUGGCCAUCAAAGGCAUGCUGAGACCCGUACCUGUGGACCGGACCUCGGUGUCGCAGCUGAUGCUAUGCUGCUGGCUGAAGGGCAUCGAAUACCCCAAACCCUAUCCUGCUUUCAAUGCGACACCUAAUUACCUAGCUGACCCCGCGAAGAGCCUGUGCAUGGAGGAACAGGAAGUGAAGUCAGCCCUGAGCGAGCUGGGCAUCAGUGGCACACAUCUGCAGAAUAAAACCUGCACUGACUGCCGCAGCCCAAUAACAGGAACUUAUCGUAUCCUGCUGCACCGCAUCCAGAAGAGGAGAUCCGUGGAAGCGGUAGGAUAUUCCGCCCUGUACCCAGAGGAUUUUGGUACCAAGAAAUACUGGACCAACAACGCAACGGCUAAGCACAAUCCUUCGGCAGUGUGUAACAUCCUAUGAAGACAAGUGUUGAAUGAUUCAUGGGUGGAUAAUGUGUUUGAUGCCAUGUUUCAGGAAGUAAUGAAUUUACAUGUAUGAAGUUGUGCUGUUUUUUUUGUUGUUGUUGUGAAACCCAGCAUCCCAGAAUCAAUCCCAAGAUGAGUAUUUUACUUUCUAUAAUAUUUUUUGUAAUAUACCAAGUUAGAAGGUUCCCUUAUUAGUGUUUUGGUGCUUAUCUGCUGCUGAAUAUCAAGCGUAGUGUUAGUUCUGGCAGGUCACGUUAGUCAAGCUCGCAUCAGCUGACCUUCAGCUGAUCCCCAUC